AUGAUUAGUAUAAAGAUAGGGCAUUACAGUAAUACCCACAAGCUGCUUCUUGUAGGAGAAGGUGAUUUCUCAUUUUCUACUUCCAUAGCCAGAGCUUUUGGUUCUGCUUCUAACAUGGUUGCCACUUCUUUAUUUCACAAAUAUUUCAGAAGUGCAAAGAUUAUGUUAAGAAAAGGUGGUGAAGUUCAUGUGACUCACAGAGUCGAUCAUCCUUAUAACAAAUGGGAAUUGACCACAUUGGGAGAAGAGGCUGGUUUUACAUUGAUUGAGAAAUCUUUGUUUGAUAAGUAUGAAUAUCCAGGCUAUCAAACUUUUCCCAUCUCUACUAGUUUUACCUUCAAAUUCAUCUGCUUAGAUUUAGAUUUACUAAGUCUUAAUAAUCGACUUCUUAAAUGA